UUCUUACACUCUUAUUCAGAAUUUUAUUAUGUCAUGUUUGCAGAACAAAACAUUUUUAACUCUUUUAAGAUCACUUGGCAUUUUAUGCAAAAUUAUAACAGAACCAUAUUUUUUAAAAACAAAUGAAGUUGGAAACAUUUUAGAUAUGGGCUCUGUAUUUCAGAGAUUUUUAUAUGUUUUGGAUUUGUUUAUUGAAAAUCCAAAGUUGGCGUUGAAUAAUGAAGUUUCACUUUUUUAUGGUCCAUAUUUUUAUGAUGAGGUUUUUGAAUUUUUACUGAAGACUUCAUUAAAUGACGAUCUAACAUGUGUUUUUAUAAAGCGUAUUUGUACUGUUUUAAAAAACAAAGGUAGUAAACUUUUUAGUGAAUUUUUAAGUGGCGGCAAGUAUUUUAAUAUAACUACCACUGAUUUACCAGAAUGCGAGUCCUGUGAUACAAAUAACAUUUGCAUUGAAAGACUGAUGGGCCAGUUAGAUUUCAAAUUAAAAGCAUCGUCCACAUCAUCUUUAAACACUAUCGAAAGUUGCAUUUUAUAUACAAAUAAUAAAACAGACGAAUGGUUAAAAGACAAAGAUUUAAGUAAGCAAGAAGAAAUAAUAAAUAAUGCUCGCACAGAGAACAGGCUGUUUAUGCAAAAAGACAAGGAUAAGCAAGAAGAACUUUUUAUAAAACAAACCAAAAUUCUAGAGGAGAAAGAAAAGGAAGUGCAAAGAAAGAAAGAGAACCAGUCAAAACAAUUGGAUAAUGCAAUUGAGGAUAUGAGAAGGGUAGGACUAUGGGAGUGCGAGGAAAAGAUAAGGGAGGCGUUAGAAAAGAUGAGAACAAAGAAAGAAAAAAUGGAGGCUUUAAAAAAACAAAUUAAUAUUUACAAAAAAGUUUUCAAAAUCGACAAGGAGCAUAGAGAAUUACUGCAAUUCUCCUCAAAAGGAAAACAGUUUGACUUGAACAAGUUACAAGAAAAUCUUUUACAUUUAAUAAAUUUACGGAAAAAUGCACAACAGUCCAAUGUCAAAGCAAGUGAUUUAGUAGGAAAAGAAAUUGUACAUACAUGGACGGUCGAGAGUGGGGAAAACAGAGAUUGGGAGGGCCAAAUAAAGAGUUUUGAUAAAGGAGUUUACAAAGUUGUGUACUGGGAUGAUAAAGAAAGGAAGAAUGGCUGUGAGUUUGAGUUAACAGAGAGAGAAAUUAAUAUUGACAUACAAGAAGGAAAUCUCUUUAUAAAAGAUACUGCCAAACUGGAUCACUGUUACUCAACAUUUUAGUGAAUUUUUAACCUUCACAGACACAGACACUACCCAUCCUUCAUUACUGCUG